GUCCUGGUGUUUUACUUUAUCCGGUGCUUCCUGGCAUUCCUUAGCUGUGUGUGUGAGCUUUAUUUUUACAAGGCCGUGUGCAAGAAGUUCGGCCUCCAUGUCGGGCGGCUGAUGUUGGCCUUUCUAGUUCUGAGUACUGGGAUGUUUUGCUCUGCAGCUGCUUACCUGCCCAGCAGUUUUUGCAUGUUCACCACACUAGUAGCCAUGACCGGAUGGUAUAUGGAGAAGGUAUCAGUAGCCGUGCUGGGGGUGGCAUUCGGAGCCAUUUGGGGCUGGCCUUUCAGCGCUGUCUUAGGUCUACCCAUUGCCUUUGAUUUACUGACCCUGAAACAGAAGUGGAAAAGCUUCAUCAACUGGUGUCUAGUAGCGCUAAUCGUAUUUUUGGUUCCUCUUGUAGCUAUUGACAGUUAUUACUAUGGAAAGCUGGUUAUAGCACCUCUGAAUAUCGUCCUGUACAAUGUUUUCACCCCUCAUGGACCUGACCUCUAUGGAACCGAGCCUUGGACGUUCUAUUUCAUUAACGGCUUCCUAAACUUUAAUGUGGUCUUUGCUUUGGCUCUGUUGGCCAUACCCCUGACCUCACUGAUGGAGCAUCUGCUGCAGAAAAUUAACACAGUUCAGAACCUGGGCAAACCCUAUUGGCUGACCUUGGCGCCUAUGUACAUCUGGCUCCUGAUCUUCUUUGCACAGCCACAUAAAGAGGAGAGGUUCCUGUUUCCCAUCUACCCUCUCAUCUGUCUGUGUGGAGCGGUGGCGCUGUCGGCACUACAGAAAUGCUAUCACUACGCCUUCCAGAGGUACCGCCUGGAACAUUACACCAUUUCAUCCAACUGGCUGGCGCUGGGAACUGUAUUUCUCUUUGGACUAUUAUCCUUCUCGCGGUCCGUAGCUUUGUUCAAAGGGUACCACGGGCCCCUUGACCUGUACCCCGAGUUUCACAGGAUUGCCCGAGAUCCAACUGUCCACACGGUACCUGAGGGCCGACCAGUGCAUGUGUGUGUAGGCAAGGAGUGGUAUCGCUUUCCCAGUCAUUUCCUGCUUCCUGACAAUUGGCAGCUCCAGUUCAUAGAGUCAGAGUUCAGAGGUCAACUCCCAAAGCCUUUUGGAAAGGGACGUCAAGCAACUAGGAUUGUUCCCAAAGACAUGAACGAUCAGAAUCGGGAGGAGAAAUCUAGAUAUGUGGAUAUCGGAAAGUGCCAUUACCUUGUGGAUUUAGAUUCUGCCACAGAAACUUCCCGUGAGCCUCGUUAUUCUGCGAUCAAAGAGGAAUGGACAGUGAUUGCGUACAAACCGUUCCUGGAUGCUGCCAGGUCGGCAAGACUGCACCGUGCAUUUUAUAUCCCAUUCGUAUCCAGCUGGCACACGUCUUAUUCCAACUACACAAUACUGAAGCCGCGCAAGGCAAAGCACAUGAGGAGAAAGCCUGGCGUAUAGCGGGAUCUGGGCUAGCACCAAUGGAGCGAACAGGGCCCAAUAAGGACCAUGAUACGGGUUAAAAGGAUAUUUCAUCCUGUGAUGUAUUUGUUCCCUUCUGUGCAGCCUUUGGCAAUAACAGGGUUAAAAUAAUGUCCUUUUGUUUCAUUAUGUUCCCUUGUGGACUCUACAAGUGAUUUUAUGCCCUGAUCCUCCCAUGUUCUUUUAUUUGUGCACAUUUGUCUUUGUGUAACGUGCGUCAGUUUUACCAAAUGUAUUUUAUCCACAUUCCAAUGAAGAUCUGCCGUAGUUUUCCCUUUUUACUGUUCUCUCUUUCCUGAUGCUUCUGCGUUGUUUGAAUUCUCCUUCUGUUACACAUAAACACUUUCUCUUGUAUCUACUCAACUCCUUCCCUUAAUGUCAGGUGACCUGUCUGUUUUUCACAAAUAAAGACGAGCGAUAAUCUCA